AUGACGGCCAAUUCUAAACAUGACGAAGACAAGUCAUCCUUACAAACCACGGACGCCACUACCUCCCACAGGUGCAACAUCCUCCAUCCCCCACCCCCCAAUCACACCCCCAGGAGCCCCGUGGCAGACACCGAGCGCAGGCCGGCCGGGAUGAGACAGGCCAGGAAGGUGGAGAGCGAGGCACUAGCACCGGCACCAAUAUCUUUACAAUGGUCAGUGGCCCAAAUCCCUAACCCUGGAAGCCCUAAGCACUCCCUUACCCCAUGCCCCCCUGGACCCCUUUCCCAAGCCCUAAGCACUGGACCCCUACCCCAUGCCCCCCUGGACCCCCUAAACCCUAGACCCUGGACCCUUUCCCCAAGCCCCACUACCCCAUGCCCCAACCCUGGACCCAUUACCCCCAAGCCCCUAGCCCUGGACCCCCUACCCCUAAGCCCUGAAACCCUUACGCCCUUACCCCCAGCCAAGGACCCCAACCCCAAGCCCCCCUGA